AUGAAAGGGGAUGUGUGGUACCGCAACAGACUUUCCUUCUCAUUUAAGAAACUCGCACACAACACCAGACGCCGGGAACCAACGAACAUAUCCUCUUCUGGAGAAAAAAUGGCAUUGACGUUUGGAAACACCAGUAAAUAUCGUCUCUCCAAGAGAAUCGGAAACGGAUCAUUUGGUGAAAUCUACCUCGGACAUAAUAUCCAGACGGGUGAAGAGGUCGCCAUCAAGCUUGAAAGUGUCACCGCUGGGCACCCCGUCCUUCCACAAGAAGCGCAUGUCUACAGGCAUGUGACCGGCAUGGUCGGUGUCCCCACUUUGAGGUGGUUUGGGGUCCAACAUGGAUAUAGUGCCUUGGUCUUGGACAUGCUCGGACCAAGUCUGGAGGACUUGUUCAACUAUUGCAAUCGUAGUUUCAGCUUGAAGACUGUUUUACUUAUCGCCGAACAGCUUCUUUGCCGUCUGGAGCAAAUCCACUCGCGCGGCUUCCUUCAUCGUGAUAUCAAGCCGGAGAACUUUUUGCUUGGGCUUGGGAGACGCGCGAAUCAAUUCUUUAUCAUCGACUUCGGGCUUUCCAAGAGAUAUCGGGAUGCAUCGUCACUGGAUCAUAUCCCCUACGCGGAAAAUUUGACGUUGACGGGUACGGCGCGUUACGCGUCCAUGCGCACUCAUCAAGGAAUCGAACAAUCUCGUCGGGAUGAUUUAGUGUCUCUGAGCUACAUGCUGAUCUACUUCAUGCGAGGCAGUUUACCGUGGCAAGGAGUGACGGCCGAGACGAAGGAGAAACGAUACAAGAAAAUUUUAGGAGUUAAGCAGUCUACGGCGGUCGAAGCUCUCUGCCACGGUCUCCCUUCAGAGUUCGAGUUCUUGGUCAGCUACGCCAACUCGCUCAGAUUCAUGGACAAGCCGGAUUAUGGCCUCCUACGUGGAAUCUUCCGCGAUCUCUUUAUCCGACGGAGCUUCACUUACGAUCGCAAGUUCGACUGGGACGUUCGAAUGCACCACACCGGCCAAGUAUCCGUCCCUACGAUCGAGCAACUCAACUCCAGGAAUGGAAAGACACGCGCACUUCCAAAACCUGUCCUCCCACCUAUGGUGCACCUAGAUUCCAUGUCAAUCGUAGCUGGCCCUGCCCAUGACGUGUGGGCCAGGGAUAGAAUGUGA